GUUGUUUUUUGUUGUUUUUACCCUUUAGCAAAGUCCUUAUUUACUUUCUAUGCUAAUUAAAUGGACCGGAAGUUAUUUUUCAGCUAUUCUCGCUGACUUGUCGGUCCCCAGCGGUCUGACGACGAGUGCGUGUUAAAGAAAUCUAGGAAGUAACUUUUUUGCGCUCCGAACGGAUUUGACUGUAAUUCAUAGUUGUACGCUUCGACUGGAACCAUAUACAUGUAGUUUCCCUUAGUUUUGUUUAGCCAGGUUUUUCAGACAGCGCAGGUGUCUUUCUAUUAUUUUUUUUCCCUUCAAGGUGUGCAAGCGACAGCGCCAGAGGUGCGGUGAUUCCUGUUUCUGUCAGGAAUGUUUUAACUCAAAAAUGAAAUGAACACUCUUCUCUCGAAAGAUGAGCAGUUUGCAGGGCGCGCAGACGAGCGGUCCCGGUGACCAUCCGUCCCACGUCAUCCAGAUCUACCCUAGGCUGAAACAAGUCACCGCGCAAUGCCUUACCCUGCAGGUCACCGCCGCCCAAACCACUGCCGCGGUCAUACAACACGCAGUGGCCACCCUGGGCAUUGACACGCAACGCUCUUACAGCCUUCUGGAGCUGAAGGAGAGCGACGGGGAAGAGACGGUCCUCGAGGAUGGGGAACACCCCGUGAACAGGUACUUUCUGUGGCCCCCGGAGACCCACAGAUGGCAUCCCAAGAGCCAAGGCUACUACUUCAUCCUGCAGCCUCUGCUCCAAGAGGGGGAGGCCUGGCUGGAGGAGCUGGUGGAGGACUACGAUGACCUUUGCCGGCUCCCGGAGCUGAGCGAGGACGCCCUGCUGCAGACCCUGCGCAAGCGCUUCUACAAGAAGAAGAUCUACACCUACGCCAGCAGCAUCCUGGUGGCCGUCAACCCUUUCAAGUUCCUGCCCUGCUACUACAACCCCAAGUACGUCAUGAUGUACGAGAACCAGCCGCUGGGCAAGCUGAGCCCGCACAUCUUCGCCGUGGCCAACGUGGCCUACCACGCCAUGCUGAACCGGCGGCUGGACCAGUGCAUCGUCAUCUCCGGGGAGAGUGGCUCGGGCAAGACGGAGAGCAGCAGCUACCUGGUCCACUGCCUGACGGCGCUAAGCCAGAAGCGCUACGCCAGCGGCGUGGUGCGUACGCUGCUGGGCGCCGGGCCUGUGCUGGAGGCUUUCGGGAAUGCUACGACAGCACAGAACAACAACUCCAGUCGCUUCGGGAAAUUCGUCCAGCUCAACUACCUGGAGAGUGGGGUGAUCCGAGGGGCCAUCAUCGAGAAGUACCUGCUGGAGAAGAGUCGUCUGGUGUGCAGAGACACGAGCGAGCGGAACUACCAUGUGUUCUACUAUCUGCUCAUCGGAGCGUCCAAAGAAGAGCGGAAAGAGUUCACUCUGUUGCAGCCACAGGAAUACAACUACCUCCAGCAGGAAGACCUCAGUAUAGAAGACGAAGAGAAGCUCAGACACGAAUACAAGAGGCUCCACCAGGCCAUGGAGAUGGUUGGCUUCCUGGCGUCCACAAAAAAACUGAUCUUUUCCAUCCUGUCAGCCAUCCUGUACCUUGGUAAUGUGACGUACACUGUAUCAGAGGAGGGAGAGGUGAUCAAAGUGGGUCCAGACGAUGUCUUGUCCACGCUGUCUGACCUGCUCAAGGUUAAACAGGAGCUGCUGGUGAACGCGUUGACACAGAGGAGAGCCGUGGUGUCCAACGACACGCUGGUUUUACCCUACAUGCUAAAAGAGGCCACCACAGCACGAGACUCGAUGGCAAAGUCCCUGUACAGCGCUCUGUUCGACUGGAUCGUCCUGCACAUCAACCACACGCUGCUCAACCGGCGGGACAUGGAGGAGUCUGUGUCUUGUCUGUCUAUCGGGAUCCUCGACAUCUUUGGAUUCGAGAACUUCCAGACCAACAGCUUUGAGCAGUUCUGCAUCAACUACACCAACGAGAAGCUCCACCAUUACUUCAGCCAGUAUGUGUUCAACCGUCAGCAGGAGGAGUACCUGUCCGAGGGCAUCAGCUGGUCCACCAUAGCCUACGGUGACAACGAGGGCGUCAUCAACAUGUUCAGCAAAAAGCCGACAGGAUUCUUUCACCUGUUGGAUGAGGAGAGCAACCUCCCUCAGGCCACAGAUGGUACUCUGUUGGACAAACUCAAGCAGCAUCACAAGGACAACCCUCUCUUUGUGGGCACCGCAGUGAUGGAGCCCGCCUUUGUGAUCCAGCACUUUGCUGGCAGAGUCAAAUAUCAGAUCAAGGACUUCCGGGUGAAGAACACGGACCACAUGCGCCCCGACGUGGUGCUGCUGCUGCGGGGCAGCGAGCGCGCCUUCCUGCGCCAGCUGGUGUGCUCCAGCCCGGCGGCGCUGUUCCGCUGGGGCGUCCUCCGCGCCACCAUCCGCAUCACGGCCGCCUUCAGGGCCCUGGCCCGCCGGGGGGCCCAGACCGAUGGCCCCCGACGCACCCAAAAGAAGUCCUUGCGGGAGAUCAGGAAAAACAGCCAAAUGUACAAAAGGCUGUCAAGCCCCAACAUGACCCUGGACUUCUCCUUCGACCACUCUGACGAGCAGCCCCUCGAAGUGUUUGAAGACAUCUUUGACAACUACGAGCAGAGAAAAAGAAACCGAAGUGGUCGGCAGAAGCAGAUUAUCCCCAAGAAACUCAUGGACUCCCACUCCCUCAAACACAUCGUGGCUCUCACCGUGAACGGGCGCACAUCCCAGCUGGUCCUCCACCCCCACCAGAGAAAGAAGCCCCCCAGUAUUAGUGCUCAGUUUCAGGCGUCGCUCUGCAACCUGUUGGAGAGCAUCGGGAAAGCCGAGCCCUUCUUCAUCCGCUGUAUCCGCUCCAAUGCUGAAAAGAGGGAGAUGUACUUCGACGAGGCGCUGGUGCUUCACCAGAUCAAGUACUCUGGCAUGCUGGAGAUGGUCCGCAUCCAGAAGGCCGGCUUUGGAGCAAAGUACACCUUCGAGGAAUUUGUGAAGAAGUUCUGGGUAUUGAUGCCGAAGGGGGCUGCGGCAACAUCAGAAGAUAUCACAAAGCUCUUCCAGAAUAUGGGCGUCGACCAGAGUACCUACCAGAUGGGAAAAACCAAGGUCUUUCUGAAGGAGAGCCAAAGACAGCGACUCCAAGAGACCCUCAACAAGGAAGUGAUGCGCUCCGUCGUCAUCCUGCAGCGCUGGUUCCGAUGCUGCCUUAUAAGGAUGCACUUCCUGAACAAGAAAGACGCAGCCCUGCUCAUACAGCGCUGCUGGCGUGAGUUUUAUGAAAACAACCAAGGUCGGGCGGCUAUAAUCAUCCAAACAGCGUGGCGCACUUCCCUACAGAAGUCCGAGAGUCAGGAUGAGGGAAGCAGGGAAGAGAUUUCCAAAAGCGGUCCUGGACGACAGAGUCUGGAGAGGAGAGCGCUGCGCAGACAGGAUGUGGUGGAUAGCAGCCCCUGCAGGAGCCCAGAGCGACUGGGAGACGGUGACAGGACCGGAGGCACGGGGAGAGAGGAGGGCCGGGCGUCCCCUCCAGCCCUCACCAGACCCUUCUCCGUCCCCCUGGACCCCCGACAAGGGCCCUACACCUUGGACCCCUCCCCCUCCUCCAUCUCCCUGCAGCGCUACACCAACAUGGACAGCAUCCAGGUGAAGGGCAAAGAGUGGAAGGAGAGGCGGAGCGAGGGCGACAAGACGGAUGAGUCCAGCCCAGAGAGACUGACUCCCAAGGCCAAAGUAGCUUACCAGGCCAGGGGGAAGUCCAUGUCUGUGGAUGAGUUGUCAAAACUCAAACACUCGUCCGGCUCUGAUAGCUCGCCUUCUUCCCAGGAGUCAUCAGCAGAACCCGACGGGAGCCGGUACAGCCUGCCUCCUAAAAGCACCCACGAGAGUUCCCUCCGAUUGAGCCGCUCAAACCCGACCACCCCCGAAAGGCCUUGGUUUCUCAGCAAGAUCUUGAGGAAGAAGGCUCCCCUAAUGAUCGAGGCCCACAAAGAAGAAUCUCCAGCCGCACUGGCCGCCUCCUCCAAACAGCCGCAACCCAGGCCCGGCCAGGACAGCUUCAGAGUCAGCAACCCCAGCAUCCUGAUCAGCCGGGCCACACGCGGCAAGCAGCUGAAAGCCGCCCUGGACCGAGAUGUGGCCAACAGCAAAGAGCUGCGGCACCUGGACGAAUUCCUGGGCAGUCAGGUGAUGGAGCUGAACGCAAGGAUAAAAGAUCUGUCCGCUACAGAGAGCAUCUUCCUCUCGGCCACCUCGGAGUUCAGAGUCAUUAUAAAGUGCAUGUACGCUUACCCGAAGCCCCAGGUCAGCUACAUAGACCUGCUGAAAGGUUACCACAACAAGGUGAACCGACUGGCCAGCCCCCACCGGUUGUCGGAGGUGACGCUGGUGGUCAACCUGUUCCAGUCCAUGCUGGACGGCUUCAUCAGGGGUCUGGUCAAACAGGAGGAGGCCGAACCGGUCAAGAAAACCAAAAAGAGGAGAAAAAAGGAAAAAUGUAUGGAGAACCCUCUGGAUCACAUGUUCAGCACCUACCAGGUCAACAUCAUGCAGUCAUGUGACCUGUGUGGUUCCUACAUCUGGGGGAUGGAGAAGGCCUACAUGUGUAGUGCUUGCAAAUUAAUAUGCCACAAGAAAUGCCUGGCCAAAAUCAUCACAGACUGCUUGACACGCUGUGCAAGGAAGGACAGCAGCACGUCCGGCUCCCUUCACUUCGGGGUGGACGUGAGCGUGCUCUCCAGCCCCGCCCAGCCGGUACCCCAGGUGCUGGAGAUGCUCCUGGUGUACGUGGAGAUGAACGGCCUGGACACCGAGGGCAUCUACCGCAAGUCCGGCUCGGCGUGCCGCGCCAGGGAGCUGCAUCAGAUACUGGAGACAAAUCCCGAGACGGCAUCUUUAGAAAACUACCCCAUCCACACCAUCACAGGCCUGGUCAAACGGUGGCUCAGGGAACUCCCAGAACCCCUCAUGACGUUCAACCUGUACAAUGACUUCCUGCACGCGGCCGAGUUGCCAGAGAAAUCGGAGCGAAUAAGAGCCAUCUACCAAAAGGUUGAUGAACUCCCUGAGUCGAAUUACAGCACACUGGAGCGUCUGAUCUUCCAUCUUGUCAAAGUGGCGAAGGAGGAGGUGCACAACAGGAUGACGGCCUCGUCCCUGGCCAUCGUUUUCGCCCCUUGCAUCAUGCGCUCCCCUGACGCCGACGACCCCUUCCUCGGCAUGAAGGAUGUGAACAAAACCACCCAAUGUGUGGAGGUCCUCAUCAUGGAGCAGUUCAGGCGCUACACCGAGAAGAUGCAGAACAUCAAGGAGCUGGAGUACGCCGAGACCCUGGCCAUCCACCAGCUCCAGCUGAAAAGGCAGAACACGAUUGCUGAGAAAGAUGCAGAAAAGGAUGCUAUGCAGCAGAUCAACUUUGACAAUGACUACGAGAAGAGCCUCAUCGAGAGAAUCAAGUCCAUCAAGGAGGAAAAGGAGGACCUGGCGUGCACGCUUCCCGACCUGGAGCAGGAGACCUCCGACGACAACCUGGACAACCAGUGGUCCGUGAGCUCAGACAGCCUGGGCUCGGACCGCCUGGGGAGCCUGGACUCCGAAGGGAAAUGUUCUGGAGCGCAAUCGACGACAAGCCAAAAGCCUGACUGCCCCCCCAAACCCCCAGACCUGGCUGAAAGAGUCAAGCAAAGGAUGGGUCGGACCGACGAGCCCCCUCCACUGCCACUGACUGAACCCCCACCUCUAGACCCACCGGCUGACCAGGCCGGCCCCUCACAGCCCACCCCGACUGACGGCCCCUCCCUCCCCGUAGUACCCGCCCUUCCCAAAGGGCCCCAGCUCAAAGGGAAGAAGAUCAAUGGGAAUUUAGAUGGCCUGGACAUCCCUUUUAUAGACGAAGACACGGAUAACGCAGACAAGGAACACUCUGAACAGUGCCCUGGGAUAUAAGACGGAGCAGCAUUUGUAGCAAGAGAAUUACAAGAGCUGUGUUACUGCAACAAGAGAACAAGAACUGUGGAUUCUCUGCUCUCUCCUGCCGAUCCGAUCUUUCAUGAUGGAAGCUGCUGGGGAUUUAGUCCCGCAACUCUUUUUGUGUAGGCCUAUAUGAUGGGAGAUUUUGUAAACUUUUUCUUCAGUGUUUUAAAUAUCUAUGGUAACAUGGUUAUUGUAUGCAUAUAAUAACGUUAACGACCAGGCAAUAUGAAAAUGUACGUGUCCUUUUUUUAUGCUUUCCACAUUUGGAACUACCACCUUUUCAAUUCGAGUUGGUAUGGGGAAUUGGCAAAUUUAAAGAUGCAAUAUGUAACAUUUCUGCAUUAAAAUACCUACAACUGA